GUUGACUUUCGCAAAGCUGGGCGCCUAGGCUUCGACUAGCGACCGAGCGCCAUCCUCUUCCUAGGAAAUCCAUUUGAUGGUGCAGCAUAUCGUAAAUGACGAAGGACUCUGAGUGAAAGCCUCUCUAAAGCCCAAACAACCGAAUUCGAGCUCCCAUAAGAAACCCGACCGCGCGACCUUCUGCGUCGCCGUCUUCUUCCCAGUCCUUUGAUCUUCGCGCCUGGGGUCAGGUCAGAUCAGACAUCUUUCCUACAUCCACCACCCCGGUUACAUCGAAACACGCAGCAACAAUGAACGCUACCAAACGAAAGUUCAACGCCCUUAUCCAGGGUAUGGGCAGAUCCUCCGCAUCUACGAAAUCGAACGACACCACGAGCUUGCCCUCCGAAUCCCCUCGUCCAUCGACGACUUCCCUCCAGCCCUCCAACACGAAUUCUACAAACACGAACACAACGGCCGAUACCUCUGUAAAACCGAGCAUGUCGAUUGAAGAGGACAUCUUGUUGAAGCGGCGGCGCCUGCAAGCACUGACGGAAAAGAAUGCCGCUACGAUCAACAGCUCCCCUUCGAUUCGUGCCACGGGAGCAGGCGCAUCGACGACCUUCUCCAACGUGUCGCUGAAGAAGUGGGUUCCAAGGUCUGCCAACGUGACGGAAGUCAAGCACGCCCCGAAAUUUGCACCUAGCGACCGAAACGAGCUCCUGAAGAGACUGGCAUCGUUCCAGGAGAUCACGGACUGGACACCAAAACCCGAUGCAGUGAACGAGGUCGAAUGGGCGAAGAGGGGAUGGGUAUGCCAGGGGAAGGAUCGUGUGCGGUGCACGCUCUGCAAUAAGGAGCUCGUUGUGAAGCUGAACAAACGCGAAGUCGAUGGCAAGGAGGUACCUGUCCUUGUGGCGUCGGAUGUCGAGGAAGCGUUAGUAGAAAGAUACUCCGAUCUUAUUGUCACGGCACAUCUAGAGGAAUGCUUAUGGAGAAAACAGGGGUGCGAUAACUCGCUACUCCGGCUAUCUCUAACGAAUGCUAAAAUCAGUAUGGAGGCUUUGCGGACACGCUAUGAUGAGCUCUGUGCAAGGAAACCCUUCCUCCCCUAUGAGUUCAACUUGAGGCUGCCCGAGGGUCUCAAUAUUGACAACGUUCUCACCCAGCUGCCGGAAAACUUCUUCGCAAGCCCACCGCCAGCCAAGGACUCUCCGGAUCCAAAGGAGCCAAACAGAGUCGCUUUGGCCCUGGCAAUGAUGGGAUGGCAGGGCCUCACGAACCCCCGAAUUGGCGCAGUGCCGAAUUCGGCAUCUUGCCACACCUGCUUGCGACGUCUCGGUCUAUGGAUGUUCAAGAGUAAAGAGGUCAGCACCGAAGGCGAGAUCCUCGUUCCCGCGCCAAUGGACCAUCUUGACCCAGUCAAAGAGCAUCGUUUCUUCUGUCCUUGGAAGAACCCUGUGACGCAACGUCUGGGCAGCGCGAAGCCCGGGUCAGACACGGGUUUGGCGGCUUGGAAGUUGCUGACGCAGGUGCUGAAGAAUGAUGCUUACCUUCGCGGAGCGCUCGAGGACCGGCCGAAGAAUAGGUCGACGUGGCAUAAUAGAGGCGCCUCGGUGCCUUCGACGCCGGUUCGUAGGGGCGCUGCGGCGCCUUCGACACCAGGGGGUUACGACUCACCGAGCGCUGCUACCGAGCCAGCAGGCGACGAGGACGAGCAAUCGAGAGAAGCCAAGGACAAGGAACGUUGGGCGCGUCUGAGGAGGGUGAAGAGUUUGUUCGAGUCGAAGAACGCAAAGAAGAUCCGUCGGCAGCUUAGUAGGCCGGGCACGGCGCGCUCGACCGUUUCGGGUGUGGGAGGAGACAAGGAAAAGGAGAAGGAAUAAUGCAGGAUAGGCGGUCUGCACUAUCUGCUGAGUCGCUCACUUGAAAUUUCAAAUUGGAACGGAGGAAAUGAGGAGUUCUUGACGGAUAUCACACGGCCAUCGAAGGCCUGUUUUUUGCAAUUUUUCUUAGCUAAAAUACCCAUAUGAUGGAACUUGUCUGAAGCGUUGGUUCAUCAAUGGGUUCUCCCGCAGUUUUCGAGUGAACUAUCUCACCUUGAUAUCACUGCUGAACAUCCCCUUUCCGCC